AGAAUUCAGCAGCAGAGAUUAGUCGCGUUGAUCCAGAGAGCACAACAAAGGCAAAGUCAUUAUUCUCUGCGUAGGCCAUUUAUGUACGUAUAAGCAUUCAGCGUUCUCUCUUAAUUGCUAAUUUUCCAUUUGUAAUUUAGCUUUAGCUUUGUGUUUUAAUGGAUCUAAUUGUUCCACAUGAGCUUUCUGUGUGACCCGCUUUAUUGUGUCGAUCACUGGUUAAUUAGGAGCAGAGCUGAUUGCUUAGGAUAGUGUUUUUGAAAGAAUCAUAGAUACUACUUUAGGGCCCGUUUGGAAGGGCUGCUGUGUAUAAAUUAGUCGUGAAACUGUAUGAAGAAAACAUAGUGUUGUUUUUCUUCUGGUAAACUGUUGUGUGUGUGUGUGUGUGUUGGUCUGCUUUGUUUUUUAACCAAUGUGCUAUACAUUUUGAGCACUGCAC